GUUCUAACCAUGGCUGGGGCCGUGGUGACUACGUCAUCGGUUAUCCCUACCUGCUCGUGUGCAUCAACAGUUACUACUACGUCAACGGUGUACACACGACCGGUGACCUCGACUGGCUAUACCGCUCCGCUCUACCCAACGGAUGAUCCACGUGUCGGCUGGAUACAUGAGCUGUCAAAGCAACAGUUGAUGGUGGAGAUGGCGCGACACCAAUUGCCAUCACACGGUACACUGGCGGAACUGCGGAAACGUCUCUGCACAUACUGGCGGAGCAACGCUGGCACAUCGUCUUCUCCAACCUCCCAGGAGGAGGUGCUUACGACUGGCCAGGUGUUAGAUAACCAGGCCCGGACUUCGAUGCAUGAUACUACUCCACGCCCAUCGCCUUUCGACUACCGAACGGGGUCCAUUCAUCAUCCUACUGCGUGGAGGCCACCCGGUACCUAUGGACUCGUAGGCCUACCCCCUGCGACAUUCCAGCGUCAGAGCCCACCUGCUGCGGUCACCUCGGCACCGCACGAACUGUCCUUCGCCGGACAAGAGGACGUUACUGAUGCCCAGCAUACCUUCGACUCGGCUCAAGGGUCUCUGCCUCGGGAAUACCCCUUCGAGGACCCAAUACAUCGAAGUUUGGACCGCAUACGCCAAAUGCUAGGCCUAUCGACCAAUGCCGACCUGCGCAGCAUGGAGCACACGUUAGCCGAGGUGUUGAACCUCGAACGGCGGGGCCCAAGAACACAUGAUGCUGACUACGCUGAGCCGCCAGCUAACGAGAUGGACCAGCUAACCUCUCGGUACGCCGUCCCGUCUCGGACGAACGAUGUGUAUGGAGGUGUCCGGUCUUCGUACGUCCUGCGGAGUCAUGACCUGCAUGAGGACGUUGCUAAAACGUCGUCCGCCCUCUGUGACAAGGUCCGGAAGUGGAACUUGCGCUUCGACGGCAGACGAGAUGCGGUUUCGUUCCUGGAGCGUCUAGAGGAGCUGCGCGAGGCCUACUCUCUGUCGCCAGAGGACGUUUUGAAGGCUUUGCCUUCACUUCUACAUGGCCAAGCUCUCCUCUGGUACAGGAACAACAAAAUGAUGUGGCGUUCCUUCCACGACUUUAGGCGGGCAUUCGAGGUCCAGUUCUUCCCUGCUGGCUAUCAUCGCCACUUGGAUGACGAGAUACGGAAGCGCACUCAGGGUGAAACAGAGGCAUUUAAAGAUUUUGUGAUUGCCCUGACAACCCUGAUCCGACGGAGCGGCACUUUCUCUAACCAGGAAACCAUCGACCUGGUGUACUUGAACAUGAGGCCGGAGUACAAGUUCAUGAUACGACGUCAUGACUUUGUCACGCUACCCGACCUCAUCGAGCGAGCCGACGAAUACGAGGAGCUGCUACGGGAGCGCAAGCUGUUCCGCCCUCCCCCUCCAGUUGCUCAAGCGUUGGUACCUGAGACUGCCUACACGCCCAGGCGUCGAAUGGACCGUUUCGUCGAUGUUGCGGUGAUGGAAUAUUCGGAGCCUGACUGUAAACUGCAACCUACCUCGCCAAAGACCGGCCGCACUGGUGAUUACCCUGCAAGGAGUGGGGGUAACCAGGCAAGGCAUACGACGCCCACCGUCCCUAACCAUAUGCGCCAAGGCCUACCGUCUACGAGCCCAUCACGAUCAUCGAGUAACCGCAACCCUCCAGUCUGCUGGAACUGUGAUGCACGCGGACAUGUCUUCCGAGAUUGCAAUCAGCCGAAGGUGUUGCGGUGUUACUACUGCAAACAAGUAGGAGUGGCCACUACGAGCUGCGGUUGUCUUCUAGUUUUUUAAUUGUAUCUCCACCUUUUCCAAUUAUUAGUCCGGUUGAGGCUAAAGUAGGACUAAUAAUUGGAAAAGGUGGAGAUACAAUUAAAAAACUAGAAGAAAAGUCUGGAACAAAAAUGAUAGUUGUUAAAGAUGGCCCAUCACACGAAAGAGAAAAACGUCUAAGAGUUAAUGGAGAACCGGAACGAGUGGAGUAUGCCAUAACUUUAAUCUAUGAACUCAUGGCUCAGAAUGAAAUACAGGAAGCAAAUCGCCGAAUUCUUCGAAGUACUCCGAACCUGGAUAUUUCCUAUUUCGAAAAGCUACCACCAUUAAAAAGAACAUCUAGGAAGCAAAAGAAGGAUGACCAAAUUGAAAAUGAUGCUUGUGAUGGCCCUUCAAAAAAAACGGCAUUCCAAUUCAGCAAACAAACGACAAUUGAAUUAAUGGUACCUGGCCCUAAAGUGGGACUUAUAAUUGGAAAAGGUGGUGAGACUAUACACCGACUACAAGAAGUCUGGAGCAAAAUUGUUAGUUAUUAAAGAUGGGUCUUCACAGGAAAAGGAAAAAUGUCUAAAAAUAACUGGAGACCCACUUAGCGUGGAGAAUGCUAAAUUAUUAGUCUUUGAACUCAUCGCUGAGAAUGAAAUACAGUUCUGCAGGUCAGGACAUAUCUGAGGACGUAGCAGACAGCCCCGUGCCCCCCGAAGCCGAAGAGGUUAUCACUUAAAUGGUAGUUUGUUUUUAUUUACCCUCAGUUAAUUUGUGAAGAAUUAGUUUUGUGUAUUGUGACUGUGUUCAUUAUU